GAGGGAAUUAAGUCCCUAAACUGUGGGUGUGCUGAACCUUGGGGAAAGAUAACUUUCUUUCUUCGGAGGGGCUGCGGGGACUGGAAAUCGGGUAUUCAUAGCGUGACGUAUGAGACCAUAUUAUUUGAGUAGAGUACAGUAGGUUGGGGAAUCAUACCAACUGUGCUUCACGAAAGUGGGCAAGUUGUGCGGUACGAGUUGUGCUACAGUAGGUUGACCCCGCGCUUCGGCUCCGUUUCGCUAUCUAGAGCGCUUUAUCAUAUAUCGACUUGUUCUCCCCCUCUCGGUUGAGACUUUGAGCCCCCAAGCCCAAACUUCACGUCCACUUCACCACAGUCAUACUUCCGCAAUCUCAACCAUCACGGUACCAACAAAUCUUACUACUAUAAACCAUGACUCUCUCAGAAUUCUUUGUCGUAAUCCCCGACCUCCCCUCUGCGAAUCACUCCGAAGUCCGGCCGCGGCACCUUGCCUACGUUGCGGAAAAAAUGGCCAAGGGUGAAUUUUACCGCCAGGGCGGUACAUACUUCUCCGAACAGGCCGCGAGUGGGCAGACGGAAGAUAUGCCGUGUGCUGGAAGCGCUUUAACGGUGGUGGCCGAGGACGAAGAGGACGUCAGAAAGCAACUGGUUGAUGACCCGUUCGUCAAGGAAGGGGUGUGGGAUGUGGCGAGGGCGAGGAUUUUCCACUUCAAGACGGGGGAUUCGGUGCCGAUCAAUUACCCGCUUCAGAAGUAGGGGUGGGGGCGGGGAAUUGUACUCGUACUUUAAAGUGCUUCAUUGUGGAAAAUAA